CUAUAUAUAAAUGUCUAUGCACUCUGUAUCUUCACAAAAACAAAAGGAGAAGCAAGAGAGCAAUGAAGACUUCCAUGAGCAUCAUCAUCGUCUUCUUUGUAACCUUCUUGGUUAUCUCUGCUUCUUCCUUGAACCCUGAGGAAACUUGCAUUCAAAGAGACAUCGACAGGUCGCAACCUCCAAGCUUUUCACUCGAACCCAAGAAGUCUAUGAUGGACACGUUGUGCAGAGACAUGGCUCGUUUCGUCAUGUUCUCUGUGAGGAUAACCGGAAAAUUCCCAUCUCGCUAUGUUAAGGCGAUGUGUAAUGUCUUUGGAAAUGAUGAGAAGAAAGUGAAGGAGUACGUUUUGAAGAGAUGGUUGGGAGGUUCGAAGUUCGUGUCUAGUUUAUCUUGUUCUUUUCAUUGAUAUAUGAUGUUCUUGUGCUUUGACCAAAAAAAGAAAAUAAAAAAAAAUUGAU